AUGGAAGUUCAAAAACAACGAAACAACUGCUGCCCAGCCAAGUGCGAUGGAUGCAAAGAUUGCCCACCAGGCUGCGUUCCAUGCAAAUGCUUGACUGACGCCUGCACCAAGAUCUGCAACAAUUGCAAAAACUGUCCACCCGGAUGUGACCCCUGCGGCUGCGAGAAAUGCGCCAAGAAUGGCUGCACCUGUGAUUGCUGUGAACAACCCUGCUGCGAGACUUCUUGCGAGGGUUGCAAAAACUGCCCACCGGGGUGCAACCCGUGCAAGUGCGAAAUGGACAAGUGCAAGAAAAUCUGCAAAGAGUGCAAAACCUGUCCCAAAGGGGAAAAUGGCUGUGAUCCGUGCCAGUGCCAGAAAUGCUCGAAAAAGGGAUGCAAGUGCAGCUGCUGCCCGAAACAGCCCUGCUGUGAAGUUUCCUGCGCUGGCUGCAAAACUGCCCGCCCGGUUGCAACCCGUGCAAGUGCGAAAUGGCCAGCUGCAAGAAAAUCUGCAGUGGCUGCGCUGAUUGCCCACCUGGCUGCGACCCGUGCAAGUGCGCCAAAUGCUCCACCAAAGGGUGCAAGUGCGACUGCUGCCCCAAGAAAUCAUGCUGCUAAUUAUUGUAACAGAAUCAAAUAA